CCAGCUUAUCUGAUUCUGAGGUUUGUGCUCUUUCCCCUCUGCUACGCCGUUUCUCCUUUGCUGGUAGAAUUAGUCAAGAAUGGAGAUAAGGGGAGUGAGAUCUCCAGCCUAGGGCACUGGGCUCUCCCUGGGGAAUCACAAGAGGCCCCUUCUCCUCAGUGACCCCCCCGUCACCUCACCCCAACAUGGCCUGGCCAGGGAAACUCUUGCCCUUUGUCCUUCCCCAUAGUGCUGUCUGUGCUCCUCAAACCACUCGGUUCUCAGCCCUGCACUCCACCCUCCUCUGCACACAGGAAGGGAGACCAGGGGUCAGUGCCUCUGCUCCGGGCUCUCAGCAUGUCGUAGAGCAAAGACACAGUGAGGUCCUGGGGCCCCUGGUCUCGCCUCCUCCCGAGUGGUUCUAACUCUCCCUGAACUAUGGAAAAGGCCCAACUUGCCCCAUGUUUCCCUCUGAUGAUAUUUUUGGGAAUUCUGUUUCAGCUCCUCUCUUCCCAUCGGGUUUGUCCUUGAUGGUGGCCCUGGGAGUGACCCUCCCUGUGCUGGGACUGCUCAUCGCUGGGGGUCUCUAUGUCUUCUGGAACCAGCACAGGGACAAAGGGAAACUCCAGAUGGAGCUCAAGUGGAGUUUGUUUCAAUUACACGAGGCCAGUGUCACUCUCGAUCCCGACACGGCGCAUCCCGGACUCGUGCUGUCUGAGGAUCGGAAACGGGUGACAGUGGGAGACAAACGGCAGGACCUGCCCGACAACCCGGAGAGAUUCAGUCAUAACUCCUGUGUGCUGGGCCGCGAGCGCUUCACCUCCGGGAGACAUUGCUGGGUGGUGGAGGUCGGGGAGAGAAGAGUCUGGUAUCUAGGGGUUUGUAGGGAAAAUGUGAGAAGGAAAGCAGGGAUCUCAGUGUCACCUGCGCUUGGAUUCUGGACCUUGGAGAAAUAUGGAGAUGGAUACUGGGCCCACACUUCUCCCCGUAUCCCUCUGCCCCUGACCACCCGCUCCCGCCGGGUGGUGGUUUACCUGGACUGCGAGGCUGGAGCCGUCUCCUUCUACAGUGGCACUGACGGAUCCCACAUCUACACUUUCUCCCACGCCGCCUUCUCGGGAACCCUCCGACCUUUCUUCUGGCUUUGGUCCAGUGAUCCAGCCCCUCUGACCAUCUGCCCUGUGCCCGGUUGGGCUGGGGGAGACCCGAUCCCUGCCCCCUCUCAUUGAGCGCCUCAUAGGGGGGACCAGACAGGGAUCCCCUCACUGGGGCCGAUGGCCCAUUGCUCCCCCCCAGCCCAGCCCCGGGGUCCCUCCUGCCCCUUAGGGAGCCUCCCGGCCCCAGCCCUGUGACCCUGCAGGUGUCCGUCCCCUCCCGAGGCUGCAGCUGCCUGUGUCCCCGCCUCCUCUGCUGUUGGAUGGGUGGGAGGAAGGAGCAAAUGUGGAAAAUUGUGUGAGGAAAAACUAGCAGGAUUUAGUGGCAGCUCGGGGGAGCAACAUGUCCUUAUGAGCAAAGGGCCUGAAAGUCGGAAGAUCUGAGUUUGAAUCCCAGCUCGGUCACGGUCCAUUUUGUGACCUUGGGUAAGUCACCUCACUUCUCUGGGCCUUAAUUAUCUCUUUUGUAAAAAGUGGACUAAGACUGAGCUCCAUUUAGGACAUGCACUGUGUCCAUCCUGAUUAUCUUGUAUAAUUAUA